AUGAAAUUCCCAUUCAGAGACUUUAUUGUGGAUGGGAAGUGGGACUCGGUGGGACUAGCACAAUAUUUCCCAAGGGAUAUCACAACUAUGAUCCUACAGCAUCCGACCCCAGAGGGUGAGAGCCCUGAUGAGGUGGUGUGGGUGUCAACUACUUCAGGAUCGUUUUUGUUAUCCUCCGCUUUUCAUGAGGUAAGGCAAGCUCGGAACCCCUCUUGGAUAUUUUCCCACAUUUGGCUCCCCCAGCUCCCCCUAAAGGUUUCAUUCUUUAUGCUCCGUCUAUUGAUGCGGAGGCUCCCCUUGGAUGAUAUCUUGGGUAAGCUUGGUUUUCAAUUACCUUCUAAUUGCUUCUGUUGUUCCAUGGCGGCUGGGGAUUCUAUUGAACAUAUUUUCUCAACGGGACAAAUAGCGGCAGAGAUUUGGGGUGUCUUUGGAUCCCCAUGCGGUAUAUGUCUACCGGAGGUAUCAUUGCGAGAGAGAUUGGUUGCUUGGUGGAUGUCCGGGCGUUCGGAACCUCAAAGACGUUUCGUUGUCUCCAUUCUACCAAGCUUCAUCUAUUGGCAUGUCUGGAAGGCACGGAACAAAGCAAUCUUCAAAGGGGUCAAACUGACUAGUGGGGAGAUUUGCCAUGGCAUUCUCCGGGACAUCUCUGCUGCGGUUGAGAUUAAAUUUCAGCAUGGGAUUGUAGCGCAGACUUUUGAACAGUUUUUUUACAGGCUCUCUCAGUCACCACCAAUAUGUCGGGUCCAUUUGGUCAAGUGGCAGGCAGCGGGGAGGGGGACCUUCACCCUUAAUACGGAUGGGUGCUCAAAGGGGAAUCCAGGGAUGAGUGGUGGGGUUGGAAUACUACGGGAUUCAAAUGGUCCGGUGUUAGUGGCAUUCUCAGUCUCCCUAGGGAUCAAUACAAGCUUGCGCGCUGAAGCAUUAGCACUUUUAAUGGGCAUUCGCCUAUACUUCCAGCAAGGCUUUGAGCAGGUUCGAGUGCAGACAGAUUCGCUGGUUCUAGUGGGUAUUUUACAACAGAGGUUCCAGUGUCCAUGGCACAUUCGAAGGGAGGUACGUCAAAUAUGGCGGCUAGUCACGGAUCCUACGCAGGUUUCACAUUGUUUUAGGGAAGCCAACAAAGUGGCUGACAUCCUAGCUCCAAAACAAUGA